AUGUGCUCCAGACAAAGCUCCGGAGGCUGCCAUGGGAUGUCCUCCCAGUCCAGCGGGUGCCACAGCCAGGGCUCUGGUUGCCACAGCUCCUCCAGUUACCAAUCCCAAGGCUCCUCCUGCUGCGGGGGCGGAGUGGGCUCCGGCAAAGUCAUCAUCAGCUCUGGUGGUGGAGGAGGCGGAUCCUGCUGCAGUGGGGGAUCCUCUGGAUAUGGCAUGGGAGGGGGAUACGGUGGUGGAUCUUCAGGAUCAAAGAGCAUCAUUGGAGGGGGAAGCAGUGGAGGAUACUCAGGUUGUGGCAUGGGAGGAGGGUACAGUGGGGGCUCCUCAGGAUCAAAGAGCAUCAUUGUAGGUGGAGGUAGUGGAGGUUCCUCUGGAUGCUGUAGUGGGGGCAGCUAUGGAAUGGGUGGAGGAUAUGGUGGAUCUUCAGGAUCAAAGACCAUCAUUGGAGGGGGAAGCAGUGGAGGUUCCUCUGGAUGCUGCAGUGGGGGCAGCUAUGGGAUGGGUGGAGGAUAUGGUGGAUCUUCAGGAUCAAAGACCAUCAUUGGAGGGGGAAGCAGUGGAGGUUCCUCUGGAUGCUGCAGUGGAGGAUCCAGCUAUGGGAUGGGUGGAGGAUAUGGUGGAUCUUCAGGAUCAAAGACCAUCAUUGGAGGGGGAAGCAGUGGAGGUUCCUCUGGAUGCUGCAGUGGAGGAUCCAGCUAUGGGAUGGGCGGAGGGUAUGGUGGUGGAUCCUCGGGAUCAAAAACCAUCAUUGUAGGUGGAGGUAGUGGAGGUUCCUCUGGAUACUGUGGUGGAGGAUCCAGCUAUGGAAUGGGUGGAGGAUAUGGUGGAUCUUCAGGAUCAAAGAGCAUCAUUGUAGGUGGAGGUUCCUCUGGAUACUGUGGUGGAGGAUCUUCAGGCUAUGGCAUGGGAGGAGGCUAUGGUGGUGGCUCCUCAGGAGGGCAGACCAUCAUUGGAGGUGGAGGCAGUGGUGGAUCCUCUGGAUGCUGCGGUGGAGGAUCCAGCUAUGGGAUGGGAGGAGGAUACGGCGGUGGCUCCUCAGGCCAGACCAUCAUCAUCAGCUCUGGAGGUGGCGGCGGAGGCUCCUCGCAGCAGAAAUGUCCCAUUGUCAUCCCCAGCGUGGUGUCCCACCAGAGCAAGCAGAGCUCCUACUGGCCCUAUGGCCAGCAGAAGUAA